AUGUUAACUUCAAUCUAUUUUACAGGGAGCGAGGAAGAAGAAGAAGAAGAAGGAAGUUCAAAGGGUGGAGGAAUUUCUAGCGAAUAUUCUCCCAAAUCUAAUUCCUUCCAUCCACUUUUCAUUCAAGGCCUUCCGAGCAACCAUGGCUGGAAGCAUAUGUACGAGAAGCAAGGUCGUCGCAAUGACUCAAUCAAUACGUCUCACAACCCUAUGGUUGAGACUACGGCUCCACCUCGCAGCCCCCUCGCUGUGAGCACCGGUCCUCCCCCUCACGGACCCACGACCAAGACCUCAUCUUUGCCUCACGGCCCCACAGUUGGGAGCACUCACCUACCUCAUGCCCUUACGGCCAGAACAUCAAUUCUGCCACACGGCUUUAUGGAUAGAGCCAUGAAACACCCUUACGGCUUCAUAGUCGGGAUUGGGCUUCAAACCCAAAAUGAGGCCGUAACCUCUCGUCACGGCAAUCCGGCCAUGUGCCAUGACUCUACGGAGUAUGUCAAAAGAUGUGAUCGAUGCCAAUGCUACAAGCUUGUCCCAAGUUUAUCUGUUGAAGUGUACUAUUCACAAAACAACUCAUGA